UAACACAUUAUUAUCAAUCAAGCCAAGAAAUGGGUUGUUACCGGGUCGGACAGUUAAUUCUAGCCAUAUGCAUAGUUUUGAUGAUAAUUGUAUCGAUUCCGGUUUCAGCUCAGCGCCCAACCCCAAGCCAGUGCUCUUAUGAGAGACAACAAGGCAUUAAAUUAUGUAAAGAUGCGGUUUUUGGAAAACCUCCUUCUGCCGCUUGUUGUCAGCUCGCAAGAACCGGCCACUAUGAAUGUGCCUGCCCCGCUAUCGAUACUAUGUUGGCGGCUCUUAUCAAUGUCAAGAUGCUGUCCAAGGGCCUAAGAGACUGUGGCCGAGCUGUCCCACACAGAUUCCAGUGUGGAAGCUUAUACUUUCCAUGAAGAUAAGUUGGAUGAUGAGGGGUUGAUUGUGAAUUGUGUGGUGGAAAGAAUGAGAGAUAAUUUAUAAGUUUGAAUAUCUAAUAAAUAAAUUGGGAGUUGAUUUUGAUUUGUGUGGAGU